GAAAUGAUAAAUCCAUCAAAACAAAAAAUUUCUAUUGGAAAAUCGGGAGAAAAAGGCUUUUCAAGAGGUUUACGGACGGAAAUUGAGGACAAAAAAUGGGCAGUGAGGAAGUGAGUAACGCGCUACAGCAGCUGAAACUGGAGAACAAAGGCGGAAAGUACGUCAAACUGAAUAUCGGAGGAUCUCUGUUCCAGACGACAAUUUCUACAUUGACCAAACAUGAUUCCAUGUUGCGCGCGAUGUUUUCGGGUCGCAUGGAGAUCCUAACAGAUGCCGAGGGCUGGAUUCUGAUCGAUCGUUGUGGCAAACAUUUCGACAUAAUUCUCAAUUUCUUGCGUGAUGGAAGUUGUCCGCUGCCGGAACACAAUUUAAAGGCGUUGCACGAAAUUUUGGCCGAGGCAAAGUAUUAUUGCAUCACGGAAUUGGCGGAAAUUUGCGAACGAACGAUCUUGAAGAAGCAACAACAGAACGAAGUUGAGCCAAUUUGCAACGUUCCGCUCAUUACGUCGCAAAAAGAGGAACUUUAUCUGAUAUCGACGAGCACGAAGCCCGUCGUGAAGCUGCUAAUUAAUCGACACAACAACAAAUAUUCCUACACAAAUGCCAGUGACGACAAUUUGCUGAAAAACAUUGAAUUAUUCGACAAACUCAGUUUGCGGUUCAGUGGGCGCGUGCUGUUCAUCAAAGACGUAAUUGGCUCGUCGGAGAUUUGCUGCUGGUCUUUUUACGGCAAUGGGAAGAAAGUGGGCGAAGUUUGUUGCACAUCGAUCGUUUAUGCGACUGACAAGAAACACACAAAAGUCGAAUUUCCCGAGGCGAGGAUUUUCGAGGAAACUUUGCACAUUUUGUUGUACGAAAAUCGACUGGAGCCCGAUCAGGAACUCAUGCAAGCCACAAGCACGCACGGGUUUAUCUCGAAAAAUUCCUACACGAGCGACGAGGAGGAGGAACGAACGUCGGGUCUUGCGCGGUUGCGUUCAAACAAGCAAAAUAACCCAACUUGAUUGACAUUUUUGUCGUCGACCACCACCAAAAAGAAGUAAAAAUAACGGGAAAUGUUGAUUUUUCCGGGAAUUUCUCUUGUAAAUUAAUCACUGCUCGUUAACUGUCCAUCUUACUACUAAAAAAAAUCGGAUAAUCGUAAUUAUUAAUGAAUGUCUUUUGACAAAAAUUGGAUAUUCUUCAUAUCAUAUGUCUUUGUAUAACAGUCUAUUAUAUUGUAUGGUAGAACAAUUUUAUCUACUUUUCUACGCAUUUCUUUAGUUUUUGUAAUGAUAUGAAUGAAAAACUUUGUAAA